GUGGUGCGGGUGACGCAGGACCCGGACGUGUGGCUAUCCAUCGAGGAAGCUCUGGAAGCCUGCGACCUUGCCCUCCCAAUCUGAUCACUGCCCGGCAUCCCGCGCAUUUACAGUGGCAAUAAUCUUGCUGAAUGGAUGCCUAGUGGGCAGAGUCCUAAGGCCUUUAACUGAAGAGAUGGCGUUUGUGAAGAGUGGAUGGUUGCUUCGACAGAGUACUAUUUUGAAGCGCUGGAAGAAGAAUUGGUUUGACCUGUGGUCAGAUGGCCACCUGAUCUAUUACGAUGACCAGACUCGGCAGAGUAUAGAGGAUAAGGUCCACAUGCCAGUGGACUGCAUCAAUAUCCGCAUGGGGCAUGAGUGUCGGGACAUCCAGCCUCCAGAUGGGAAGCCCAGAGACUGUCUGCUGCAGAUCAUCUGUCGAGAUGGGAAAACGAUCAGUCUCUGUGCAGAAAGCACAGAUGAUUGUCUGGCCUGGAAGUUUACACUGCAGGAUUCCAGAACGAACACAGCUUAUGUUGGUUCAGCAAUCUUGUCUGAUGAGACUGCAGUAGCUGCCUCGCCGCCUCCCUACGCGGCCUAUGCUGCCCCGACUCCCGAGGUCUAUGGCUAUGCUCCGUACAGUGGCGCAUACCCGGCAGGAACUCAGGUUGUCUAUGCUGCAAAUGGGCAGGCGUACGCUGUGCCUUACCAGUAUCCCUAUGCAGGUGUUUAUGGACAGCAGCCUACCAACCAAGUCAUCAUCCGUGAGCGAUAUCGGGACAAUGAUAGUGACCUGGCCCUGGGCAUGCUUGCUGGGGCAGCCACAGGCAUGGCCCUGGGAUCUCUGUUCUGGGUCUUCUAGAUCCUUCAAGAUCUUCUGUGCAUAGCUUCUGUUAGUCCUGUGUGCGAUAAUUUGAUUUGCAGGGCAUUUCUGUUUGUUUCAUAGUAACCCUAAUAAUUCUUUUGGUGAUAGUGAUCUGGCAAUUGUGACUAACCCACAUGGCACCAUAGUAGAAGGCUUGAACUGUGCAGUGAUCCAAAACCUGGGUUGUUUCAGGAUACUGGUUCACACCAAGUCUUUCUUGGGGAACUCUUGGAAUACCUUAUUUAAAAAUGCCUAUUUUGAAAAGCAUUUUUUUUUCACAGUUAGAUGUAGAUGUAAUUAAGGGAUGUCUUCUUGUUAGACCAUUAAUAAUACUGAGUGAUGGAGGAGAAAGUGUGAGUGUGGUGAGAAGAAACGCAACUUCUUUUGAUUUAACAUCAGAUUGUGGAAUCUCAUGCCAGACUUGGCUGCGUGUUACCCUAGGAGCUUUGGGAUGGUGGCUCCUGCAAGUCCAUGGUGUGAGAGCCCUGAGACCCAUCCUCUGAUGGCCCCCAGACCCCCUGCAAGAUUAGCUGCUCAGGAUGAAGGGAGACACCCUUUCCCUGCUCAGUCUUAGUUAUGUGUGUUUGAUUUCUGUAGGGAUACUUGGAAAUUGUCUCAAAUUAGGAAUGGAUUUAAGUCUCAGAAUUUGGGGGGUUACCUUUAAAACUUGAAGAAUGCAGAACAGUGACAAGUGGGUAGAGGUAGGCUGGCAUCUGCUUAGAGAUGUAUUUUUAAUGUUUGCUUUAGGUAUAUUGAUUGCCAGCUAAAUCUGUGUAUAGCCUAUUUUUCUACUUGUUAAGAAAGUAUGGUGAGGAGAAUGGGGGAGAGCCUUAGAAUAUUCUGGAAUGCAAGCUUCAUGAGGACACUUUUCCCUGCCCCUUUGAAGGCCUGACCUAUGCAGGAGUAGGGCCCUGUGGCUGGCCAUGGUGUGCAAGGAUAAAUAAGAGCUGGGAGAAAUUUGAGUUCUGAGAAAUGGGGUUGGAUAGUCUCUCAGGGAUUUGUUCCAGAUCCCUCAUGCUGUCUGGGACCCAGCCUUGUUUUCAUUCCUAACCCACUCAUGAUAGAGAAGCUUAAAACAUUUCUAGUCCCUAAAUGUGUGAAGCUCUGAGAACCCCACAAGCUGCUUUUCUGACAAACACUUGUAUUUUCAAUAUUAUGAAACACAUUACAAAUAUUUAAAUUUCUGUUCUCUCAUGUCUUAAAGCUCCUGAGAAAGUCAGGCUUUCUCUCUGGCAUGCUUUAAACAGUGCCCUUUCACAAAGGCAGGACAGCACAGUGGAGGCCCUGUCUUAUACUCAGCAUAGUCCUGUUUCCCCAGUGUUCCCAGGAAGCGCAUGCUCUGUGACUGCCUGGCCGGGCGCAUGCGUGCUGCCUCACUGUACUACUCAGCCAGUCUCUAGAUGGGUUCAAGACUUAGAACAAUGUGCAUGUAAGCCAGUUGCCAAUUGGACUUGGUGUUUUUCCAGUCACUCCUAGGGGACUUGUUGACACGACACUGCCCAUUUUCAGAUAAGGCACGCUUCCCUGUCAUCCCUGGAUAUAUGGGAUGUGUGACAACACAGUGUUGUUUAUAGUGUUGCUUUAAUAAAUGUAACAUUGAUUUUGCAUCCUGUGUCAACAACGGACGUUACUCAGACUGUAAUCAUUCUUAAAGCUCUGUGCUUUUCUUACAAAGCAUUAAAAUUAAUUUUCAAGGAUGCUUUGGCUGUUAAUUUUGAACUUGGUUACUGGGUAACUAGAAUGUCUAGAACUAUGCCCCUGAAGUGGUGUUGAAGCAAAAUUGUCUCCCAGUGUCCCAUGGCUGUUCCCUGCCUAGCCUGCAACUCCAGUGGGGUGAAUUAUAAUAGGCAGCUAUGGUUGAGCCUGGUCAUUUCCUGUCACCCGUGAUUUAAUUCUAGAAUGAAAUGCAUCCUGAGUCUUAAGAUGGGUUCGGGUGUUUUGUUUCCUCAGCCCCAAAGCCUGUGGACCAGCCGUCGGUACCUUCAGCCAUACCCUUUCACAGUUCAUGAGACUUGUGUGUUGGAGGGAAGUGCUUAUUCAGGGUUGAGUGAGCAUUUAACUUCUGUGGAUACUUUUUAAUAAUGGCUUUGACCUGCAGGAGGUUGGCUGCUGGUUCUGUAGUGGCGGAUUUCAUUGCUCUUUCAGUUCUUUGGGUUACCUUCAGAACUUUGCUUAUGAAAGACAAGAGGGAGACCCAUGUUCAUGCCUCCGAUCAUCACUUGUCAAGAAGGUCAAACUGCAUAUUUUUGGCCAUCUCUGCCUCCAAAGUAAACUUCUGGACAGUAAGAUGAUCCUAGAGUUAAGACAGAAAGAUUCAACUUAUUUUCUGUAUCAUUUGUUGAUCCUGUGUAAUCUUUUGUACUGUUACUUCUAGUUUAUAUGGACAGAAGGCACAGAAUGCAGCUUUGUUUUUCUCCCAGAGUCAAUCUUCUUCGUGAUUGCUUCCAUGGUUUUGUUAUUCCAUUGUGUCAACAGAGCCUAUUUUUUCCCAUGUGUGUGCAAUUGGUAUGUUUAUGUGAAAAAUGUUAAAAUAUUAAAAUGAUCAUUAACCUUAAA